AGAGCACAGAGCAUCACCCUCAGAGGACCGGGGUGAAGGAACAGUGCAGCCACCAACCUCUGCUCCUGCUCUCCUGGAAACGGGCUGCCCCUCAGUGAGUAGCCUGUGCCCACAGCUUCAGUGGGACUGGGGGAUGAAAGCAGGGAUCACUCACUCUUUUUAGAUUUCCAGAACUUCAUCUGCUGCUAAGAAAAUGGAGCCUGUGCUGGGGCUGGGAGCUGGAGUUGUGCUUUCAGCUGUCACCAACCAGGAGCAGUGGAGGGGGAUGUUUUGCAGUGCUUUUGUCCCCUGCAUCAAGCUGGAGCUGCACAGGAGCAGGCACUGGCAUUACAAACAGCAGAUGUAUGAGGGGAUGCUGACCUCAGCUGGACAUCUCACCACAUCCCUAUCCACGGCUCUUCUCUCUGCUCUUCCUCAGCCUGAGUCUAUUCUCAUGCACAUCUGUCAGCACCCUGGUUACUCUGACUUUGCUUUGCCAAUGCCCUUUAUCCUGUCUAUACUGUAACUACUGCUAACUAGAUGCUUCUCAGCUCAUUUUGUGCAUCUUUAGGUGUUAGGACACACUAGCAGGGGAGGGCUGGGUGGAGGCAUUGGUUUUACAGCUUAACUGGUAAAAAGUCAAGCAUUGGGCAAUGUGACAUCCACUGCACCCGUGGGACGUGUGUGUCUCAGCCCAGCCUGGAGGGAUGCAGGACUGAGGGGGGAAGCCUGAGCACAGCCCUGCCUUCGCAGUGGGGUCUGCGGCUCCCAACUUUGCUUUGCAGGUGGAUGCGCCACGAUGACAGUGAAGAAGAGUCAGACUCUGCAGAAUGGAAGUGCCAAGGAGAACGUGCUGCAGAGGGUCCUGCAGCUGCCAGUGGUGAGCUCGACCUGUGAGAGCCUCCAGCGGACCUACACCAGCACCAAGGAGGCCCACCCGCUGAUGGCCUCGGUGUGUGAGGUGUACGAGCGGGGCGUGCAGGGCGCCGGUGCCCUGGCCAUGUGGGGCAUGGAGCCCGUGGUGCGCAAGCUGGAGCCGCAGUUCGCUGUGGCAAACAACCUGGCUUGCCGGGGCUUGGACCACCUGGAGGAGAAGAUCCCUGCCCUGCAGUAUCCUGUUGACAAGCUUGCAUCUGAACUGAAGGACACCAUCUCCUACCCCCUCCAAAGUGCCAAAAGCACCAUUGGCAGCUCCAUGGAUAAGAUCAUAGAACUGGCAGCAGAAGGCUAUGAGGCUACCAAGAACACGGUGGAAACAACAGCAAAGUACACAAGGAAGAACUCGGUGACCCAGAUGGCAGCUGCGGGGGUCGACACGGCCCUGGGAGGGCUGGAGAAGUUGAUGGAGUACCUGCUGCCAGAGGAGGAUGAAGAAGCAGAUCAGAAGCCCAAAAAGAAACAUCAGUCAACAGCAAAGGUCUCCCAGCAGCAAGCCAGCACUGCCAGCACUGCCAGCAUUGCCAACACUGCCAGUGCUCCCAGUGCUCCCAGUGCUCCCAGCACACCCAGUGCACCCAGCACUCCCAGUUCUCCCAACACCCUGGGCCGGAUUGGUGCCUUGGUUAGCACGGUCUCCCACCGUGCUUACCAGCAAACCACCCAAAGUCUCCAGCGUGUCAAAACCAAAGGGCAGGAGCUGGUCACCUGGAUCCCCAUUGUGGGCAGCCUGGCCAAGCCCAGCGUACCCGCGGCGCCACCAGCCCGCAGUGAUGGGCAGAGCAGCACGGGUGGCUGGCUGAGCCGGCGGCAGAGCAAGGCACCGGAGGAGAAGCAGGAGAAGGCGGGGAAGAAAGACAACAACCACAGCAAGGCAGGGGAGGACCCCGGGCUGGUAAGCAGCGUGGCUCACAACCUGCAAAACGCCUGCGCCUCCAGCAUCUCCACCGUGAGGAAGGUCCCAGCUGUGGCCUGGGAUGCAGCAGAGGGGUUGAUCCUCUUCACCCCCCGCAGGCUGUCCAGGGCCAUGGAAACAGUGGACGCUCUUGGGGGGACCCUCGUCAGUGCCCCUAAGCAUCUGUUGGGCACCCUGUACAGCUUCGUGCCGCUCCGCAGGCAGUCAGUGAAGGAAGCGGAGGCACCCAAGGGCAGCAAAUCCGACCCGGAGAAGACAGAGGAGAAGGAAGAGAAGGAGGACACCAAGGCUGCUGCCCCCUCCGCUGAGGAGAAAUCCCAGCUGAGAGGUGACUGGCGGAUGUACCGUGGCCAUCACCCUCUCUCCUUCCUGGGGCUCGAGGACCCCCUCUUCCUGCGGCACAACUACUACCGCAGCCCUGCCUUCGAGCCCGAGUACCCCUUCCCACGGAAAUCCGCCUUCUCCCCCUACAACAGGCGGGUGAGUGAGGGCUCCUACCGCUUCAGCCCCGAGUCCAUGUACAGCCGGGCUUACUACAGCAACCUCUACACUCCUGUCUUCAAGAAGGACUGAGCCAGUGGGGAGAACAAGCACAUCCCAGCCCCCCUCUAAUCCUCCCACAGCACGCUUUGCCCAGGCCCCUGCCAGCUGCCCACACACACCCCUGUACCAGGACAGGAGCUUAAAGUGGUAGACAGGCCAUGGGAUGUCUUAUUCCAGAGUGCAUCAAGGUCAGGAUGAGGUAAUAAAGACAAACAAAAGCCCUGCGGCUGGAAGGAGAAGGCAGGGGGAGGUGGGACCAGAGAGGAGCAGUGAGGCAAAGGAGAUAUGGAAAGAGUGGUGAGAUCAGAAAAGAGGAAAAGGAACCAGCCAGGGCUAGCACUGGCUUAGCCUGGUUCCUACUGAGCAGAUAGCAUGGACUUAGACGGGCUUCACAUUGAGAGAGCAGGGAGGACAGCAAAGCCAUCAAACCACCAUAGCAAGCCUGGUUCCCCAUCCUUCCUGCCUCCAUCUCCCCUUGCAGGCUCCAUCCCUGGCCACAGAUUGCUCCUCCAUGGAGGGGCUGAAGAUCCCCACUGACCAGCAGGAUUCACGAGUAGGAAAGCCCAGGGCACCUCCCUCCCAGUUUUUAGUGGGAUAGAUGGUGGGGUCAGAAAAAUGA